CAUUAGAAAUGGUCACUCUUCCUACACAAAGUCCAUCCACUUGCUGCCUAUAAAUAUCGCCCAUGUAGAUUUCGCAUGCCACCCUCACCUUAAACUCAUCUCUUUCUUUGUCCAAAUCCUUGCAAGUUACAAUACACCAAAUAUGGCCAGGCAAAGUCACCUUAUAGUCUCAAAAAUUGGCAUUAUUGGAGCUGGUGUGAGUGGUUUAGCUGUGCUUAAGCAGCUUUCCCACCACAGUCCAGUGGUUUUCGAGGCCUCUGACUCUCUUGGAGGGGUCUGGAAAACUUGCUCUUACCAUUCAACAAAACUUCAGUCCCCUCGUUGUGAUUAUGAGUUCACUGAUUUUCCUUGGCCGAAUAGAGAUGACCCAAGCUUUCCUUCUCAUACUGAGAUUUUGGAUUACUUGAAUUCUUAUGCUGAGCGUUUUGAUCUGUUCAAGUACGUUAGGUUCAAUUCUAAGGUGGUGGAGGUCCGAUUCAUCGGUGACCGGGAAACCGCUGAUUUUAGUGGAAAUUAUGGAAGCCUCCUGUCUGGUCAGCCGGUCUGGGAGGUGGCCGUGCAAACCAAUCAAUCAGACACCAUUGAGUGGUACGCGUUCGAGUUUCUUGUUAUUUGCAUAGGAAAAUACGGUGAUAUACCUAAGUUUCCUGAUUUUCCUCACAACAAAGGCCCGGAAAUAUUUAAAGGACAAGUCUUGCAUUCGCUUGAUUACUGUAAACUUGAUAAGGAAGCUGCCUCUCAAUUUCUCAAGGAAAAGAAGGUCGCUGUUGUUGGCUUCAAAAAAUCAGCCAUUGAUUUGGCUUUGGAGUGUGCAGAGGCAAACCAAGGUCCUGAUGGGCAGCCGUGUACCAUGGUGGUAAGGACCUUGCAUUGGACUGUUCCUCAUUACUGGGUAUGGGGAUUGCCAUUUUUCCUUUUCUUUUCCACCAGAUCUUCUCAGCUCAUCCAUGAAACGCCUAAUCAAACCCUCCUCAAGGCCAUGCUCUGCCUACUGUUAUCUCCAAUGAGAAAUGUUGUUUCCAAGUUCAUAGAGUCGUAUCUGCUCUAUAAACUUCCUCUGCAGAAGUAUGGAUUAAAGCCAGAUCAUCCUUUCAUUGAAGACUAUGCUUCAUGCCAGAUGGCUAUCAUGCCGGAAAACUUUUUCCCUGAGGCUGACAAGGGCAAGAUUCUGUUCAAAAGAACGUCAAAAUUUUGGUUCUCCCGGGAAGGGCUUGAAUUUGAAGAUAGUACUCAAUUGAAGGCUGAUGUUGUGAUUCUUGCAACUGGUUAUGAUGGAAAGAAAAAGCUCAAAAAUAUCUUACCAGAGCCUUUUUAUAGUUUAUUAGAGUAUCCUUAUGGUGUCAUGCCCUUAUACAGGGGAACCAUUCAUCCGCUGAUUCCAAACAUGGCUUUUGUGGGUUACAUAGAAAGUGUUGCAAACCUUCACACUGCAGAGCUGCGUAGCAUGUGGUUGGCAAGACUUGUUGACAAUAAAUUUAAGCUUCCAACUGUGGAAAAGAUGCUUGAGCAAGUGUUCAAGGAGAUUGAAAUUAUGAAGAGGUCAACCAGGUUCUAUAAAAGGCAUUGCAUUUCCACUUUUAGCAUCAACCACAGUGAUGAAAUCUGUGAAGAAAUGGGGUGUUGUUCCUGGAGGAAGAAGAGCUUGCUAGCUGAAGCAUUUAGCCCUUAUGGCAGUCAGGACUAUGAUAAGCUGGAUUAAUGGUCUUUUACAAGCACAUUAAUAUCUUAUGCCAUUCUUUAUUUCUAGAUAUAAUAAUUAAUAAGCACGUUAGUGCCCUUAUGUAUUUACAUUUAGGUGGGUCCUUAAGCAAAAGAAAGAAGCAGCAACUGCCAGCUGAAAAAAAAUGAACUUAUCAUAUGUAUACGAGUAUCUGAGAUCUCUGCCAAUAAAUUGCCAUUUAUCAACCAAGAAAAA